GAGGAGGAGGCGGAGGCUUUUUGGGCGGUCGCGUCUCGCCCGCCACCCAAUGAGCUGGCGGGGAGCGCGAAUUAGCGACGUGACGCGCAGGAGCCAUAGGGCGCAUAAACGGAGGCGCGGGGCAGCGGCCAAGGCGGAAGGCAGCAGGGAGUAGGAGGAGGAGAGAGAGAGAAGGAGGGAGUAGUAGUAGGAGGAGGAACGGACGGAGCCACUCUCUUCACCCUCUGCUCGACUUUUGUGUGUGUAUUAGACAAGGCGCACAGACGGGGGUGGUGUGAGAGCGAGGAGGGGUGGGGAGAGAGGACGGGAAAGCGGGGAGGAGGGUUUCAGUGGCUGGAGAAGGAGACUGAGCGAGAGAGAACAGGAGUGGAGGGGCAGACGGUAUAGAGAAGGAGGAGGAGGUGGUGGUGGUGGGUACUAGUGCUGUAGGGGGCGGCUGCUGUGUUUUUUUUCCUUUCUCGAAUGCGUUCGGAACAAAGGAAGCCAGCGACGUCUGCGGCUUUUCGCGACUCCCUGCCACAUCGACUCCUCCGGCGCUGUCCGGACGCGCGAGAGUGAAACACCGCGCGUGGAGCGGCGGCCACUCCAACAACACCAUCACUCUAACAACAACACCAUCACUCUAACAACACCACCACUCCAACACCACCACCCCAACACCACCACUACCACUCUAACAACACCACCACCACCCCGGCUGCAGACGACAAAGGAAGCGAAUCGGCCGACUCGAGACGCCCGGCGCCCCUCCGCAAGGGGGACCCACGAGGCGAGGGGGUGGAGGACUGCCACCUCUGGGGGGUGUGUGGGGGGGUGGUGGUGGUGGUGGGUUUCUUCUUCAUUGGGUCGCGAGAUCUACGAGCGCACACGGUAGUAGUAGUUGUUGCGUUUGGUUCUCCGAUGAAAUUUUUAGAAAUAACCACGACGAGCGACAUUUAAUUUAACUUCGCGGCCGAACCAAAAGGAGAACGCCACCUUUGUGUGCGUGCGAGGUGGCGGCGGUGGUGGUGGUGGCGGCGGUGGUGGUGGUGGCGGUGUCUACGAAGCCGGCUGGCGCACAGAGAGCGACGGGGACACCGCUGCGGUGACGGACGGCGCUAGGUCGGCACGGACAAGAGACCGAGAGCGAGGCCCGCAAACAAAGAAGACGAAACGAGCGGCAGCGAGAAGCCACGCGGCCGAGCCGGCGGCGAUUUUUUUAUUUCCCUGCAGCGCCACGAGGGUGUAGUGUGUGUAGUGUUGUGUGUUUGGUGUGUAGUGUUGUGUGUGUGUGGGGUGCACGAGGGGCGGAAGAGCGCAACGCCAGGAGCCAACCCGAGUGAGAAUCAGGAGGUUGAUUGGGUAGUGGUGGUGGUGGUGAAAUAAGAAGAGGAGAAUUUGUUGUGGAGCGGGUGAGGUUUUAGAAGGAGCGGCAAGCGAUCGUUAAGAGACUCCCACACACACACAAAGCCAUGCCGAGCUCGCUGUUCGCCGACAUGGACGGCAGCGGCCUGGGUGUCGUCGUUGGAGGAGGAGGAGGAGUGGUGGUGAUGGGAGGCGAGGCCAUGGACGAGCAACGCGCCCUGCAGCUCGCCCUGGACCAACUCUCCCUGCUGGGGCUCGACCACGAGGAGGCCGUCAGCGCCUCGGCCACCGCCGCCGGCUCCCCGUCGCCCUCGUCCGGCGGCGGCGUGGUGCUCCUGCAGGCAGGGCCCGUGCAGGUGGCCGGUGGAGGACCUCAGUCGUGCGUGACGUCCUGCUCGUCCGCCUCCUCCUCCUCCUCGUCGUCGUCCUCCUCCUCCUCGUCAUCGGUGUCUUCGUCGGCGUCUUCCUCGUCGUACUUGUGCGGUGGCAAUCCGGGCUCUGACGGCGGUGGGAUCGGGGGUCCCGGCGGCAGCGUGUGCAUCUACACCGGAGAAGUUGGCCCUGACCCGGGCUGCAUGUUCGAGGGUGGAGGAGGUGGUGGAGGAGGAGGUGGAGGAGGAGGUGGUGGUGGUGCAGGACGCCGCAGCGUCAACAUGACCGAGUGUGUGCCGGUGCCCAGCUCGGAGCACGUCGCUGAGAUUGUCGGGCGGCAAGGUUGCAAAAUCAAGGCCCUCCGUGCCAAGACCAACACGUACAUCAAGACGCCCGUGCGAGGCGAGGAGCCAUUGUUCGUGGUGACGGGCCGCCGGGAGGACGUCGCCCUCGCCAAGCGGGAGAUCCUCUCUGCCGCCGAGCACUUCUCCAUGAUCCGGGCGUCGCGCUCCAAGCCGGGCGGCGGCGGCGGCGGUGGUGGAGGCGUGUCGGGGCCUGGCGUGCCCCCGCCGCCCAACCUGCCGGGCCAGACCACCAUCCAGGUGCGCGUGCCCUACCGCGUCGUGGGCCUCGUGGUGGGUCCCAAGGGCGCCACCAUCAAGCGCAUUCAGCAGACGACGCACACCUACAUUGUCACGCCCAGCCGCGACAAGGAGCCCGUGUUCGAGGUCACGGGCAUGCCCGAGAACGUGGACCGUGCCCGCGAGGAGAUCGAGGCGCACAUCGCCCUGCGCACUGGCUGUGGCCCCCUGGAGUUCAACGAGAAGAACGACUUCCACACCAACGGCACCGACGUGGGCUUCGAGUACGGGGGCAGUGGUGGCGGGGGCCUGGGCAGCCUGUGGAUCCGGCCGACGCCAGGGCCUCGCAGGGCCAUGAGCUUCGCGAGCUACCGACACGACAGCGGCAGCUCCAUGGGCAGCGGUGGCUCGUCCUCUUCGGACUCGUUCUUCAACGGCGCCAAGCUUUCAGAGUUCAGCCCCAUCAGCCCGUUCACGGGCAGCGGAGGUGGCAGCGUCGGCAGCAGCAGCAGCAGUGGCAGCGGCGCUAGCUCCGGCUUUGUUUUCGAGAGCGCCAGCUCCAUCAACUCCGACGACCGAGACCUGGGAUUUGAAUCCCCGGGUUUUGACCCCACCCCGGGCUUCGACCCUGCCCAGGUGCCCGCCACCGCCGCCACCAUCGUGUGGUCGCAGUUCGCGGGGGGCGAGCGCUCGGUCGGCGCGGGCGGAGGCUGCGGCGGCGGCGGCGGCGGCGGCGGCGCCAACGGCUUCGUCAUGUCUUCCCGGCGCAGCUACAGCCUGAGCGGCGGCACUGCCACACCGCGCCUCUCCCCGACGCUGUCGGACAGUGGGCCCAGCGCGUCCGUCGACCACCCGCUGGCGCGGCGCGCGCGCAGCGACCCGCUGGGCAUACCCGGCUACAGCUCGGCAGCGGCCUCCGCCUCUACCUCGCCGGGGGCCUCGUCGGGCACCGGCUCGACCACCAGCGGUGGCGGCAGUGGCAGUAGCGGCUGCGGCUCGUCGCGGCCCGGCGGGGGCUCUCGCGACUGCCUGCUGUGUGCCGAGAGCGUGGUGAUCGCGGCGCUGGUGCCCUGCGGCCACAACCUCUUUUGCAUGGAGUGUGCCAACCGCAUCUGUGAAAAGCCCGAUCCCGUCUGCCCGGUCUGCAAGACCUCAGUCACUCAGGCCAUCCGCAUCUUUUCCUAAGAGCGCUUUUAUAUCUACACUAUAUUAUAUAUAUUCCUUCCUCCUGUUCUCUCUCUCUCUCUCUCGUCAAUAUAAAUAUAAUAAUUUUGCGAUGUCGACUUUGCAAGUGCAGUAGGAUAAAAGUAGGUUACACACAUGUGCAGUUGCUAGAUGGGGCAUGUAUUGUCUUCUCGUAAACUGUUGGUAUGAUAUGAUGCAGCAGUAGUUUAACUGUUGACGAGCCCAGACUGUUCUUUAGAGUAGCGUAGAGGUGAGAUUUCAAUGUAAUUUUUUUAUAAUCAAGUGUAAUGUCCUAAAAGUUUUAAAUGCAAAGCUUUACUAUUAUGUCUUGUAUAGGCACAAUGUAUUACUAUAUUGAACAACCACAAAGGUCAUCUUCCAUAUUAUAGCGUCUCAAAUAUAUUUUAUUCUUUUUGACUUGAAAGAUUUUUAUAUUUCAUACAGGAUGUUUACAGCAAUGAUUUUAUUUAAAUGUUAGUAAAGCCAAUAGCUGGGUUUUAUUUUUUUCAGACUGGGAAUUUUAGUUUGUACUACACUGGUAAGCAUUCAUUAAUAUGUAGGAGGUUUUUGACAGUAUUCCUUUAGUUUAUGAAUUUAUAUUAUAUUUUGACAUGCUAUUUUUUAAUGAAAAAUGUUUAAAGUUUAAACCCAGCAUAUAUUUUGGUGUAAGAAAUGUUUAUUCUAUAUAAAGCGCAAAAGCCAAUUUUAAAAUUUUAACAGACAACCAGGUUAGUUGUGCUUUAACCUAUUUGUGUAAAUAGUAAGUAUAAAUAGGAUUUUGUUGCACCAGUAUAGUUUAGUAUAUUUUAUUGUUUACUACUCAGUUUUUGUAUAUGUAGGAUGAAUCUGGCAGAAAUACAGUUUUAAAACUGGAAUAUUUUAUCGAAGUCCUUUUAACCUCACUUGGUAAAAUUACUAAUGUUAUAUUUGAAAUGUUGUACUAAGAGUUUUAUUUUUUUGACGAAUAAAGUUCAACCAAGAUGA